UAGAAAACAAUUGCCUUAAAAGCAUGACUAUUCCACUGAAUUAUUGAAACAAAGAAGACAAAUACAAAGACCUCACUAUCACUUAGUAGCCUACCAACUGUUUGCGUAAAUGUCUACAUUAAGAAAAAAUACCAAGGCCAAACUUCCAUUCAAUUCAACCAUGGCGGAAGAGAAAACUCCAAAAUUCACCAUCUUAUUGUUUCCAUGGCUAGCUUACUCACACGUACACCCCUUCUUCGAACUCGCCAACAAUCUCGCACACAAAAGAUUCCGCAUCCAUUUCUGCUCCUCCGCCGUCAAUCUCGACUCGAUUCGAGGCAAGUUCGGCAAAGAUUCCUCCACCGCCGUCGAUCUAAUCGAGCUCCCUUUCCCACCGCUGCCGGAGCUCCCUCCGCACCUGCACACGACCAAGAAUCUGCCGCCGAAUCUCAUGCCAACGCUCGUCCACGCAUUUCAGCAGACAUCUUCCGCCUUCUCCGAGAUCAUGAACAGAGUAAGCCCCGAUUUGCUGAUAUACGAUUUCUUCCAGCCAUGGGCGGCGAAGCAAGCGCGGCGCCGAGGUAUACCGUCUGUCUACUUCGCGACGGCCGGAGCAGCGCCGUUUUCCUUCUUCUACCAUCAGUUUAGACAUGGUGAGAAUCGAGAUUUCCCUCACGAGGAGAUAUACCUCAGCGAUCGUGAAAAAAUCGACGCGAGCGCGCCGAUUAAGUUAGAAAUUGAAGAUGCGGAUGAAGAUGCUUUCUCAUUUGGGGUAUUCGAUUUAUCUUGCGACAUCGUUUUGAUAAAGGGGUUUCAAGGGUUUGAUGGGAAGUAUAUCGAUUAUCUGUCUGAGCUCUGCAACAAGAGAGUAAUUCCAACUGGUCCACUAGCUCUCGAUCCCAAUGAUCAAAUCGACGAAGAGAGUUCAGAGAUUCUGCAAUGGCUGAGUAAGAAGGAGCGAUCUUCCACCGUGUUCGUCUGCUUCGGCAGCGAACAUUUCAUAUCCAUGGAUCAAAUCAGGGAGAUUUCAAAGGGUUUAGCGCUGUGCAAAGCGAGCUUCGUGUGGGUGGUGCGGCUGCCGCCGGAGGCGGAAGCGGAGGGGGUCUGUAUCGAGGACGCAUUGAUCGGAGGGUUUCUAGAGAGGGAGAGAGAGAGGGGGCUGGUGGUGGAGGGAUGGGCGCCGCAGGCGAGGAUUCUGAAGCAUGCUAGCAUUGGUGGUUUCGCGUCGCAUUGUGGGUGGAGCUCGAUCAUGGAGGGAUUGUGGUUUGGGGUGCCGAUUGUGGCGAUGCCGAUCAAGUACGAUCAGCCGAUAAAUGCGAGGGUUGUGGCGGAGGCCGGCGUCGGGGUGGAGGUGGUGAGGGGCGAGGAUGGGUGUUUUAGCGGAGAAGAGGUGGCGGCGGCGAUUGAUAGGGUGGUUGGGGGGGAGAGUGGGGAAGGGAUACGGCGGAGGGUUGGGGAUUUGAGUGGGAGGAUGAGGAGAGAGGGAGCGGCGGCGGCGGUGGAGGAAACGGCGGAGGAGUUGUUGUUGCUUUGUGAGAAGAGUAAGCGGAGUGGGUGAUGGGUCAAGGAAUUCAUUCCAUGAUUGUAACAGCUUUAUCUUUUGAACUUUGGAGUAUUAAAGAGCUUAAUUAUUCUCAUCA